GGCGGCGGCGGCGGCGAUGGCGGCGCGGGGCCGGUGCCCCGAGUGCGGCUCGGCGUCGCUGGUGGAGGACGCGCACUACGCUCAGCAGCAGCUGGUCUGUGCCGCCUGCGGCUGCGUCCUGUCCGAGGGGCUCCUCACCACCACCUACACCGACGAGGAGCAUCUGCGGGAGGUCGCCUAUUCCCAGAGCACCGGCCAGAAGGAGCAGCUGAGCCGCUGCCUGCAGCGAGGGAUCCGGCGGGUCCAGGACCUCUGCAAGGUGCUCAAGCUGCCAGCAGCCUUUGAGGAAACGGCUGUGUCCUACUUCCAGAGGGCUCUGGAGCUCCCUGCCUUCCACCUGGUCAGCCUGGAGAAGAAGGAGCUGCUGGGGGGGUGCUGUGUGCUGGUGACGUGCCGGCAGCGCCGCUGGCCGCUGACCAUGGGCACCGUGAGCUCCCUGCUCUAUGCCAAGCAGGAGCUCUUUGCCAGCGUCUUCCUGAGCCUGCAGAGGGAGCUGGGGCUCUCUGUGCCCGCCCUGAGCCUGGCAGACCUGGUGACAACACACCUGAGCAGCUUCCGGCUGGUCCAGCCCUCUGCCAACAUCCCUGCGCCCUUCCUGGAGGACAAGGAGCAGCUGGUGGCCCGGACCAUGGCCAUUGUGGAGCUGGCCAGUGACACGUGGCUGGUGACCGGCCGGCACCCGGUGCCCGUGGUCACGGCUGCGGCGUUCCUGGCCUGGCAGUCGCUGCGGCCCGGCCCGCGCCUCUCGUGCCCCCUGGCGCGGUUCUGCCGCCUGGCAGGGGUGGAGCUGCCCCCUCCAGCCCAGCUGAGGCUGAAGGAGCUGCUGGAGAUCCUGCUGGCGAUGGCCUCCCAGCUCUCCUGGCUGCGUGGAUUCCGCCUGGACAAGAAGACGGUGGUGAACGGGGACCUGCUGCAGCACCGGCUGUUCCUGCAAACCUUCAGCAGGGACGCUGGAGCAGCAGGACACGGGCUGGGCUGUAGCCAGGGCUCUGUGAGCCAGGAGUGCCAGGGCUCUGUGAGCCAGGGCUCUGUGAGCCAGCAGUGCCAGGGCUCUGUGAGCCAGGGCUCUGUGAGCCAGCAGUGCCAGGGCUCUGUGAGCCAGGGCUCUGUGAGCCAGGAGUGCCCGGACCAGAAUUCUGUGAGCCAGGGCUCCCUGGAUGAAGGCUCCUUGGAUAAGGACUCUGUGAAUAAGGACUCCCCGAGCCAGGGCUGCCCAGGCCAGGGCUCUGUGGACCCAGGCUCCAUGGAUAAGAACUCUCCAGGCCAGGAUUCCCCAAGCCAGGCCUCCAUGAGCCAGGUCUGCCUAAACCAGGACUCUGUGAGCCAGGGCUCUGUGGACCCAGGCUCCAUGGAUCAGAACUCUGUGAAUAAGGACUCCCCAGGCCGGGGCUGCCCAGCCCAGAGCCUCCCCAGCUCUCCUGCAGUGCCCCAGCAGCAGGGCUGUCCCUCGGCAGGGCAGCAGCAGCACAGGGGAGCCCUGAGGCCCCUGCUGCCCCCCUGCCUCCUCCACCCCAGGAAGAGGCUGCGGGCGGCGGCUCCGAGCGCUGCGGGCGCGGCCCUGACGGGCGAUGAGCCCAUCUCAGACAGCGAGAUCGAGCAGUACCUGAGGAGCCCCGAGGAGAUCUGUGCCUUCAGGAGGGCCAAGGCCUGGUCCUGAAGGUGCUCCUGGCCCAGAGGGACAAUUUGGGGACCAGAAGUGUGAAGCCCACCAGUGACAGAGUGAUGGUGCUGCCCUGAGGGAAUGAGGUUGUGUCAUCCCUAAUGUGCUGGGGCUGUUUAUGGAGUGACUGCUUCAGGUCGUGUUACAUUUCUGUUAUAAGUAAAUAAAAGCACAAAAGGUGCCAGGUUUUCCAGGGCAGCCUCACCUUGGGCUUCUCAUUCUUCAGCAGAAUGACUUUGUGAGGGUGAAAACACUGCAUUUGAACACAAAGUCUGAGAGAAAUCACAGUAGAUCUUGGCAGAUUGGCGUAUCUUUAAUAUAUUAAACAAAACAUAUCUGCUAGAAACAUUCUAUUCAUAUAAAAAUGCAAAAAGACCCCUUUAAAGACAUUUCUUUGGCGUAUUUCCCUCCCCUCCCCCCGGAUAUUGCAGGAAGCUCUGUUGAUAUGUCAUUCGCUUGUAAACACACAAAGUGUAAUUAAGAAUACAAAGCUUUUUCUCUAAUACUGUCACAAUGCAGCAAGCAAUAGAACCACGGGGCACCAGCCAGGCUGGGGAGGCUGCAGGAGCUGC